AUGACUCGGGCGGACUCGUCCCCGCGUGACGCCACCGCCGACAAGUUAGAAAAAGAGGUCGAUGCAGCGUUAGAAAGAGCGCAACAAGAGCAGGAGCUGCGCUCUCGCGUGCAGGCUGUUUCUAUGCGCCGACGGCCAUCCGACGACACGGACGGUGCCGAGAGUCAUUGCUCGAGUUUAGUCUCGCACCACUCGUUCGCGUCCGCUCGAUCGGCUCCUGCCACCGACUGGCUGUUACGUAGUCGCAAGGCCGCCAACACAGGCCGUAGCAUGCGCUUAGCCAAGCAGCCGAGCUUCCGCGACCAGUUCGACGAGGACCGCUGCAGUUUGCCCGCUCUGGACAGCUACCACGCCGAAGAAACGAGCAAAGCGGGCUCCCCUUUCGACGUCUAUUACGCGCCGCAGUCUCCAGUGCCGUCCACAGUCCACUCUGCACCCCGUACGAGGACAAGAAGCGGGAUGUCCCUUGUAUCGGAGCGUAAAGGUGCCGUCCUGACUGAACGCGACAAGACCCCUUUGGACGCCAUGCAGUACUUUAUGAACGGAGCUCCCCAUGUGUCCAUAGAGGAGGCGCAGAAGUACACGUUUGCUAUUGUUUUAAAGCACACGGAGCAGAUCUUCCACUUGCUAAAGAAAAGGUUCCCGUCUCGCUCCGCCGCGUCCAUUCGACGCGAUCUGCCGCAGCAAGUGAGCGCGUUGCAGCAGAAAUGUGUGCGCCGCUUGAUCCAGGCGGGACUGGGCGUUAUUCUACUGGACAACGCGCUGUACGACAGCUAUCUGGACAGCCAACGAGGGGUCCACAGUAAGCGAGACCCAAAUAGUCGGGAAGAAGACGUGGCCAGGAACUUGUGCAUCCUCAUCGACCCAAAGAAGAACCCGGACUUGUUGCUGCACGAGUUUAAGCGUGAACUGGACGAGCUGUCCAUCAAACGAGGUGACGCGCUGGGCAGACUGGCCGAAGAGUCUCUGGACACGCUGAAGGAAAUGUGCUUCUCGCCGGCGCUGGAGCUGCAGCUGACGCACAAUAUCAUCCAGAACGCCUUCAAGGACUACGACAAGGAAGAGUGGGUCAUCGACGUCAACAAAGAGCUCACCGUGACUGACGUUAUUGUCGAGUGCUUCCCGCUACACGACCGAGCGUUCAACAAGCAGUUUUUCGACGAGUACCGUAAGCGAACGUUCGAGUUCAAUCUACGCAAAGUGGCAGCAGGAAACAGCGAUCGCUGGGCGGUGGAGGAACUGCGUCUGCACUUCGGAGAGCGCGUGGCCUUCUUGUUCGCCUUCAUGCACAUCUACACGAAGCACUUGCUGCCUUUGACGCUGUCGUGUCUGUUCUACUACUUGUGUUACCGCUUCACGUCUGCGCCCACGUGGAAGCAAUACAUGGAGGGAUUGGCAGUGAUUGGCGUCUGUGUGGUCUGCUUCUGGGGUCCUUCGUUCCUCGUCUGCUGGGCGCGUGAGACGCGGUUAUUAGUGGAGAAGUGGAACUUGACCAAGUACAAGAACACGGUGUACGAACGCAACGACGACAAUCCAGGCUUCAAGUACGUGUGGGUGAAGAACCGGCUCACUCACGAGAUGGAGAAGAUCCCGAAGCAACGCAAGAACCACUGGAUCCAGCUGACGAUGCUGUUAUUCGUACUGGUGUGUGCGUUCAUCCAGUGCGUGUGUCUAGUGCCGUUUAUCCAGUGGUACGUGUACGCCAAGAACGCGCCUACGUGCGACGCGUGCAACGGAGACACAGAGGAGUCGUACGCGUGCGUCUGGUUCAUCACGUGCUUCAACUCGACCAAUUCGGCGCUGGGGACCGAUCGCUGGGUGUACAUUCUGAUCCAGGGGAUCAUUCUGGGUCUGCUGAUUGACAUUAUCUUCUUCGAGCUGUUCAAUUGGAUGUCCGAGAAGUUUGUGCAGUGGGAGAAUUACGCUAAGAAGUCGGACCACGAAAACCGCCUGAUCCACCGCCGCUUUGUGUUCGUAUGGAGCAAUUGGUUCUUCUGGUUCCUCUUCAUCUCGUUCGUCUACAUGCCGUUCGGAGACACGAUCUUGACGCUUUUCCACAAGAUUGGACUGGGCGCGCUAGCUCCGUACGAGUGGAACCCGAACCUCCUGACGCUGGACACGCUCUUCGUCACUCCGCUAGUGGUCACGCAGUUCUUGAACAUGUUACUGGAGACCAUCGCCCCGUAUCUGCUGCGUAAACUGCGCGGUCGUCCUUCAAUCGGGUGUCGUCAGGCCUCGCCGUUCACGUGGUGUGUACGCCACUUGUCACGCUGGUUCCGCUUCGCCAAACCGCGACAGUCGAUGCACUCUGCGGCGAACUACAACUCGCAAGAGACGGCUAGUAACUCGAGCGCUGACAGUCACUUGGAGCUGAAAGAUAACGGCGCGCCAGUCACGAAUCUCACAGCGACUCGACUGGCGCAAUUGGUGCAGAAAGACACGAAUUUCAACGUCAGGGUGCUGCCCAUGUCGGACGACUCGAACAAGUAUUCCGCGUACGAGAUCUUGGCCGAAGCGAAGCUCCCGAUCUUCGACCCCGUGCUGGACUACCUGGACGCCUGUAUCCAGUUCUCGUACGUCAUGAUGUUCACGGUCGUGUGGCCCUUGCUACCGUUCCCCGCCUUCUUCAACAACCUCCUGGAAGUGCGAGGUGACGCGUUCCGACUGCUAUUCGCCAAUCGCCGGCCAAUGCCGCGACGUGACACGUCGAUUGGUGAAUGGGCCACGGUACUCGCGUACGCCAACAUCAUCGGCGUGACGGUCGUCUCGGCGUUUGUGGUCGUGUAUCAUUACGGUUACUUUGUUACAGACUGUAACUUCACUUUUAGCAACGCGUACGUCGUGCCAUUCGGGACGAUCGAGGGCGACGAAACAUCCGAUCCCAGUGCCUGCGUGAACGAGAGCGGCUCGUCCAGAUGGCGGAUGUUCCAGAUCGUGCUGUUCGUCGUACUGGAGCACGUGAGCUUCUGCAUGCGGUACCUGGUCAUGCAGGCCGAGAAGACUCCAGCGUCGAUCCGAAGCUCUGGCUAUCAACGUCUCAAGCAGAUCCAGCACUUGACCGCGACCCCCGCUGCUCCGCCCUCCCAGCUCGAGUACGUGCAGCGCCUGCGUGCGUUGUUCGAGAAGUACGACGUCGACGGGGACGGCCAUUUAGCGGAGCCAGAGUUGAUCCAGCUCUUGGCUGCGUGGCUGUGCAAACACCCGUCCGAAUUGCUCCCGUAUUCGGGUCUUAUAUUCCGAUACAUGGACAAGAACAGACUGGGACGAGUGCCGUUCUCCACGUGUUGCUUGAUGAUGCAGCACGUGAACCACGACCGCUUCUUCUCGUGUCUGUUGGGUCUCUAUGACCCGCUGAACGGAGCGUACAACGACGAGAUCCGUCGUACCUGUGACCCGAUCGAACUGCAUCGUGUACUGAGCGAGGUGUCGUCCGAAGUGCAACGUCGUAGCAACAUGAGCCGCGCGUCUGAAGCCACAGACGCGUCACGGCCGCGAGACUCGACGUUCUUCUACGUAGAUAAUUGAAGGGGGUAGGACGACCGAGAAGUUUUGAUUAAUAGUUUUUUUCGAGCGAUUUCUCUGCACUCAAAUGCGUUUAAUCAACGUCUACCCGUGCG